AUGCAGCGAAGAGCUACUCCCAAGAACGCGGACAGCAGCAAGGCCUGCCGCCUCCACAUGAACCAUGGGCAUGACACGGAAGAAUGCAACAUGGUGAAGGACGAGCUGGAGCGACUCUUCCGAGCAGGCUACCUCCAGAACUACGUUAAGGACAGAAUCUCCACCAGAGCCACAACUCCUCACCGUAAAGAUCCCUCCAAACGGAGCCCCGAGCGAUUGCCUCCCAGGGACGACCGACGCCGCAGGCGAUCGCGCAGCCAACCUCGACGAACGGAGAGAGAACGUUCAGUCCGAGGUCGAAUCGACACCAUAUCGGGUGGUUUCGCCGGGGGGGAGUGUCAUCCUCCGCCAGGAAACGACAUCUAA